UUCAGUUUCUCAUCACUCUUCACUUGGGUGUCUUCUCAGUUGAGUCGAAGACGAAUAAUCCAUCCUAGAAUUAUUUGGUCCCACAUUUAUACGUUCUUCCAUUUUCAUCCCAUUUUCUAGAGUAAGCAUUCAACAGUAGUGCUCCAUCCAGUUACUCUAUAACUUCCUAGACUUAAUCUGUACAAGAAGUUAAUGGCGUCUAGCUCGAUGUCUUCCCGUGCCUCAGGCACUUGGACUGUCCAGGAGAACAAGGAGUUCGAGAAAGCUCUGGCCGUUUAUGAUACUGACACACCCGACCGUUGGGCCAAAGUUGCAAGGGCUGUCGGAGGGAAAACCCCAGAAGAGGUGAAGAGGCGUUAUGAAAUUCUUGUGGAAGAUGUCACAUACAUUGAGAGUGGCCAAGUGCCCUUCCCCUACCGCAGAACUUCUCUGGCCGCCUGUAACAGGGGAGGUAUACAGCAUACACCACCCCCAACCCACCCCUUCGAAACACCACAGACACUUCAAAAUCCAUCAUACAAUCGAUGAAGAGUCUAACGUUCCACUGAUGUGCCAUUACACUUGUAAUGAUCAACUUUACUACUGUCGUCGUAUUAUAUUCUGGAAGCUCUUAGCUAGCAACAUGAAUAAAAAUGCAAUGUUUACUCAAAACUAGGUGAUAAUAUGUAGUAGAAAUUUUCAAAUCAUAGCAAAUCUUGUCUCUAUUUUUAAGCAUUUGUAUGACGAUCAUAAUGAUCAAUGGAGGAAGCCAAUAAGUUCCUUUC